UAUUUGUCCUGGUUUAGUGAGAGUAGCCAUCUCCUUUCAAUGGCGAAGCAAUGUCAAUAGGCCCGCCAAGGUAACUCACUUGAAUUCACCUUAUCUUCUUACAAAAAUAAGCUGGUUUAGACUAUACCCAAAUCAAGAUUAUCCUUUCUAUUUAUUUUUCCGUUAACAAAACCCUUAUACCCAAAUUCAGAUUAUACUAUUUUAUAGAAGAAUUUUUGGUAGUGCUGAAAAUAAAAUGUGUUUAAGGCUCAUCACUGGCAAAGCAGCUCAAGCUUUAUCCAGAAUUCGCUGCAAUGGCAGCUCUCAAUAUCUCUACUCAACAAAGUCAACCCGUAUCGCAUCCAAUUUUUUGGUUAAAUACCUCAUUGAUUCUCUAGGAUUUUCCAAAAAAGAAGCAACUUUUACUUCUUCUAAGAUAACUUCACAGAAAACCCUAAAAAAUCCUGAUUUAGUCCUCAAUUUCUUGAAACAAACUGGUUUUGACAAUACCGACAUCAAAAUAUUGGUUUCUAGAGCACCCACAUUGCUAUACCGUGAUGUUUCCAAAACCCUAAAACCCAAACUCCAGUGCCUUAUGGAUCUCGGGUUAUCCGGGUCGGACCUAGUGAAUGUAAUUGCUAAAGAUUCAAAUAUUUUUAUGAGAAGUUUAGAUACUCAUUUGAGACCUACCAUUGAUUGUCUUAGGAGAAUUUUGGGUAGCGACGAAGAUGUAGUUAAGGCUAUGAAGAGAGCUCCUUGGUUGCUCUCUUUUGGUACUCAUCAUAUUAUGGAGACCAAUGUAUUGUUGUUGAGAAACUUUGGUUUUUCUAAUGUCAUAAUAAAAAAGUUUGUGCUUAGAUCUCCUGCUUGUAUUAGUCUAAAGCCUAAGUGGUUUAAGGAUUUGUUGCAUAUAGUGGAGAAGGAUUUCCGAGUUCUGCCCGACUCCCCUAGUUUUCUACGUGGAUUUCAAGUGUUAGCCAGUCAAAGUAAGUCUUCGUUGGAAAAGAAGAUCGGAAUUUUCAAGAGUUUUGGAUGGUCCAAUGAUGAUAUACUCGAGAUGUUUAGGAAGCUACCGUAUUGCAUUGCUAAAUCAGAGGUUAGAAUUCAAAAAUCAUUAAAUCUUUACAUGAAGGAGCUUGGUUUUGAACCUGCUUAUUUGGCUUCGCAUCCUGCAAUUUUGGCCUAUAGUCUUGAAAAAAGAGUGGCACCUCGGAUGCAAGUCUUGAAAAUUUUGGAUGAAAAGAAGCUUGAGAGGAGAAAGUGGACUCUUUAUCGCGUUCUGAUGAUAACAGAGUCAAAGUUUAUAGAGUAUUUUGUGCUUCCCUAUAAGGAUCAGAUACCUUAUCUGUAUGAAUCGCAUAAGAAAACUGUGGCGCCUUAACAGUUUUGGUUUACAUUUUAGCAUAAGGGUGCUGUGACCUUUUUAAAAUUAUCAUUUGUUGUCCAGUAUACUUUUGCUUUUCAUUUUUCAGUUGGUUUUUUGAAAAAUAUAGUUAGUGUUGCCAAAAAUCAUUUCAGUUGGGACAUAGUGCUCCUUGAGCCGAGGGUCAGAAGCUGCCUCUCUACCCUCACAAGGUAGGGGUAAGGUUAGUGUACACUCUAUCCUCCCCAGACCCCACUUAUGAGAUUACACUGGGUUUGUCGUUGUUGGUUGUUUCAGGACAUAGUGCAUAGGGUGAUGAAUGCUGUUGCAUUUCUUGACAUGUUCUUUUAUGGAGUUUAUGUCUUUGGUUAGAUCAGUGAGCUGCUUUUAGAGAAGAGGUUUGCAAAUUAUCAUGGCUCGGAAUGUACCUUGUUGUUUAACUCUAUGAGAGGCUACAAUCAAGAGGAAAAGUUGAUUUUCUUAUGAACGAAUUGGGAUUAGAACCAGAGAUCUUGGCUUCUGCUUCCCUUUUAUCGUAUAGCCUGGAGAAAAGAGCCGUGCUACAGAUUGAUGUCUUGAAAAUUUUGGAUGAGAAGUUGGGUACGAGAUAUCAAGUUCUCCGGUUAAGGUGAAUCAAAGUUUUGUAGAGCAAUUUGUGGUGCCUUACAGGCUCAGAUUCCUAAUUUGUAUCUCACUCAAGAAAUAGUGAAAAAUUUGAGGAACAUCUUUUGGCAGAAAUUUAUAAACAUUCGCUUUGGCUGUUGAAUAUAUUUGCUGCAACUCAUCUCUUCAAUGCUGAAGAAUGCAUAUAUGUGACAUACAGUCAUAUAUAAUAUUUGUGAA